AUGGCAUCUUUAUUUCAGAGCAAACCCUAUGGGCCUGAUUUGCUGGCGCUCGCCAAGCAACUUGGCGUCAAUCCGAAAGACCCGCGACUCAUGCUGCUGGUCGAAGAUAUGGCCAAACCCGAAUCGCUGCCGGCGCGAUGGUCAUCCAGGUUCGACUCCAAGAAAAAGAAGUGGCUAUACACGUUCCUACCCACGGGGGAGGUGAGCGCUCAGCACCCCUCCAUCGACUACUACCGUGGUGCACUGUUCAUGGACAUGGGGGGCUACCGGGUGCUGCUGAGGAACCUGGAGGCCAGGCCGCCCACGGAGGAGGAGAUCAAUCGCAUGAAUGAGUACUUUGCCAUUGGGCAAGAGGAGGAUCUGUACAUUCGGGAGGUAGGUCCGGGGGAGGGAGCGGGGGGAUGGAGUGGGCGGGAGGGAGCGGGGAAAGGGCUGCGGUGGGCAGGCUUAAGACAAAAAAGCUCCUCAGGGCUCGUAAAGCCCCAGGUGGGGCAGCUGGCGUGUGUGGCUCCGCUGCCCGAGGGCUUCGAGGAGAUGCCGGAUGAAACAGGCACCGGUGCAAUGUAUAAUCCUGGUCCGCUCACCCCCCGGGGCCCACACACACUUCCAUGUGUCCUCCGCCCGCUAUGGUUCGGUCUGACUAAUCCACGUUUCCGCAGCCGCAUGUUUUGCCCCAUACCCCGGCGCGCGGUGCAUCACCCCUCACCUCACCUCACCUCACCUCACCUCACCUCACCUCACCUCACCUCACCUCACCUCACCUCACCUCACCUCACCUCACCUCACCUCACCUCACCUCACCUCACCUCACCUCACCUCACCUCACCUCACCUCACCUCACCUCACCUCACCUCACCUCACCUCACCUCACCUCACCUCACCUCACCUCACCUCACCUCACCUCACCUCACCUCACCUCACCUCACCUCACCUCACCUCACCUCACCUCACCUCACCUCACCUCACCUCACCUCACCUCACCUCACCUCACCUCACCUCACCUCACCUCACCUGACCUCACCUCACCUCACCUCACCUCACCUCACCGCACCUCAUCUCACCUCACCUCACCUCACCUCACCUCACCUCACCUCACCUCAUCUCACCUCACCUCACCUCACCUCACCUCACCUCACCUCACCUCACCUCGCCCGGGACAAGGAGACAGACAUCGUGUUGGACGAACAUCCCCUGGACGCCUACUUCCGGGAGCUGAGGGACCGCAGGCGGCGGGAGCUGGCCAGGAGGCGGCUGGCAGCCCUUAAGGCCAUGCAGGCGCUGAAGGCCUUGCACAGCAACACGAAGAAGGAGGGAGCUGAGGGCGACAAGGACAAGGAAAAGGCCUACAGGGAUGCGGAUAUUGAGGAGGCGGGAGAGGAGCAACACGAAGACCCACGGGUCAAAGCGCUGGAGGUGGAUUGGCAGCUCUUGCAGAACGCCGCCAGCAAGGCGGCGGAGACGCUGGCUUCCGUACACACCAUCACCGCCAACCUGCCAACCACUCCCAGCGGCCUGGCGGCAGCGACGGCCGCCGCCGCUGCUGCCGGCAUGUCGAAGUGGCCCAGCAGGAGCACCUCCCAUACGAGCAUCAACGGUAACGCCGUAGGCCGGCGGCCCCUCACGCCAACUUCGCAGUCGCAGAUCUCCACCACGCCCCUCACGGGCCCCGAGUCGGGCGCUACGGCGUCUGCGGGGCAGCUGACGCGCGCCAAUACCGCCAACACCGCUAACACCUCCAUUUUGGCCAAUGUGGUGCUGCCGACGCCGCCGGGUAGCGCGGCAAGCGACAGCCGGCGGCCCAGCCGAAUACCUUCUGCACAUCGUAUGGCAACAUCAGGCAAGCGAGGAUGCAUGGACUGGGGAGGAACGCUCAUUUCAGAGACGCUGCCAGACGGCAACGGGCCUGGAGCCAGCGGCAGUCUGUUCCCCACGGCCAUGGGCGGCCCCCUCAUCGACGUGGAGCGCCUCCUCCAGCUGCACCGCGUCACGUCAGAGGCCCUGGGAGCUGCGACCACCGUCUCGGCGCUCCUUGCGCCUCCGAAGACACAGAUGGGAACCAGUGGACGGUCAAGCGCUUCCGUUAAUGGCGGCGACGCCGCCGGCGCCGCGGCCGCCGGUGAAGGAACGGCUAGCAAAGGGACCCAAGGAAAGGAGCAGCAACAGCAGAAGGGCUCAGACGACUCCCUGAACUCCCUGUUCGAGCCCGCGAUUUUAGACCUGGACGAUGCUGCCUUUGCCAUGGCAUCACAAGCCAUCCGCGCAGUACGGCAGACCCUGGACACCACCUGCCAGUACGUGGCCCUGUUGCCUCCUGAAACGGGCCAAGCACUGGCGUCCUUGCCAAAGCUCUGGCUAAGCAUCAUGCGCCAGGUCCCACCAAACUGGGCCGAGCGCAUGCGUCUGAGCGCAUGGCCCCAAAUCCUGACGUGGCUGCCAAACGACUGGGUGGAACGAGUGCAGCAACAUUUGAAGUCUCACACGGAGCUGUCUGAGGCUGCGCUGCCGGCUUCACUAAGGAAUCUUCCGCCAGGCAUCUUGCACGGAUUGGAAGCGAUGAUUAUAGCCGCCCGCCCGCGCAACGGCCAAGCCACUGGCGAGGGUGAUGCCGCCACUGUCUCUGGCGAAAGGAAGGACGGCGCCGGAACCGUGUCAGGUGCCGUGGCUAUGAGUCGCUCCUCGAGCCUCAGGAGGUCGGGUACGGUGGAGGGUUCCAGGGGACUGCAGCACCUAGGGCAGCAGCAGGAUGCGGCAGCAGCAGCAGCGGGCAGCAGGUUCAACAGUACCGAUGUGGAACGGCUACGACACCUCUUGGAGAGCAUCGCCAUUCCCUCAGUGAUGACGUCGUUGAUGGACCUGCCACCAGGCUUGCUGGAAAGGUUAAUGGAGCUCCCUACCAGGGCCUUGGAGCAGCUGGCGGCGCUCCCGCAGGACGUGGUGCAGGCCCUGCUCCACGCCAAAGUGGACGCGGAUUCUCUGGGAGCCGUGUUGGUGAGCCUGGCCGGGCUGCCGCCGGGCCUAGCUCGCAGCCGCUUGCUGGCCAACGGACCUCCUCAGUUACUCUGCAGGCUCGCCGAAAUUCCCGCUUUUGCCCUGGAAAAGCUGGCCAACGUUCCUGCUUCUGUCUUAUUAAGUUUCGCCAGGCUCUCCACCCCCAGCCUCGAAAAGCUUUCCGUGUUCCUCGCUUCCACACUGGAGAAGCUUGCCAAGCUUCCGGCUUCCAUCCUGGAAAGGCUCGUCGAACUACCAAGUCCUGCCCUGGAACGCCUAACCGAUCUGCCCACAUCCGCCCUGGAAAGGCUGGCCAGCCUUCCGGCCUCCGCCCUGGAAAGGCUCGCAAACGUUCCCGCUCCUGUGCUGAGGAGAGUGGCUGACGUCCCCGCCGCAGCCCUGGAAAAGCUCGCCGAACUGUCCCUGUCCAGCCUGGAAAAGGUUGCAGUACUCCCCACACCCAGCCUUGAAGAUCUCGCCAGAAUUCCCGCGUCUGACAUUGCAAGGCUCGUCGGGCUACCCAUUUCCAUCCUGCAGUGGCUCACUGGACUCCCCACGGCCACCUUGAAAAAGCUGAUUGUUGUACCCAUGAGCACGUUGGAACGCCUCGCUGGCAUUCCUGUCCCCGUCUUGGAUGUCCUCGCAAAACUGCCGCCUCCGACCAUCACAAAACUCACCGAACUCACCUCUUCCGCCUUGGAGAGGCUUGCCGAGCUGCCAACUGCUGCGCUAGAAAGGCUUGCCGAGCUGCCCGUUUCUGCGCUGGAAAAGCUUGCCAGUGUUCCUGCGCCUGCACUGAGGCGGCUUGCCGACGUAUCUGCUUCCGUCCUGGAAAAGCUUGCCGACGUUGCCCCGCCUGCCUUGGAAAGGCUAGUUAACGUCCCGCCUUCUGCCCUUGAAAAACUUGCCGAGGCGCCAGCUUCUACUUUAGAAAGACUGGCCGAAAUACCCGGACCCACCUUGAGGCGGGUUGGCGCCAUUUCUGUUUCCGCCCUAAGACGGCUAGCCGCCAUUCCGCCUUCCGCACUGGAGAAACUUGCCAACGCUCCGCCGUCCGCACUAGAAAGAAUCUCUGGUGUGCCAGCGCCUACCAUGGGGCGACUUGUCGAUGUGCCCCCUGGCGCGCUGGAGAGGCUUUUCGACUUGGACGAGGCGGCGCUCCUGGGCCUUGCCUCUUCCCACCUGGACCCCGCCAUCCUCAGCCAGGUACUUAGCCGCUUUCCGGCUCCUACGAUGAACCUCCUUUCCAACCUCUCCGACACAGCCAUUUUCCGUCUCAGCGAAAUUGCCAUUGGUGCUGAGGCGCCCGUGUUCUCUGCCCUUCUCGCGGCGCUCGAUCCGGCUGCAGUACGGAACCUGGCAGAGGCGCUGGGGUUGGCGGCGUCACCAGCUGCGGCGAUGGCUGCAGAAGUGAGGACGCCGAGGCAGCCCAGCACGCCAGAGGUUACUGCGGGCUAUGGCAGGCGUGGGCAGGGCGGGGCCGACGGGGACAGGAGCUACAGGUCCGGUGGUGGUGCCGGUGCCGGUGUCGGUGUCGGUGUCAGCCCUGAUCUUGCCUCUUAUGCUACAGCGUCAGCUGCCGCCACUGCCGAUGCCGCUUGUGCGGAUAGCGACGCGGAUGUGGAUGCUGAUGCCAUCACUCCAGGGAACCCCUGGGCGGGGGCCGCCGACGCCUCCGCCGCCAGCAAGGCCGCGUCUUCCUACGGGAAGGGCGCCGCCAACAGUCCGACCGCAUCUGUAAAAGCUAUCCUUUCCAUUUAUGGCAGCCACGGGGCCCCCAGCCGUGCUCCCCCUACUGCCGCUGGCGGCAGCGGCGCCGCCGCCUCGAAGAAGCAAAGUGCCACCACCAUUGUGGAACGGCUCGCGGCCGCCGCUGACCGGGCUGCCGCCGAGCGUGGCGGUGCAGCAGAUGCCCCCUCUGCGGACGGCAGGACGACGGGAUGGCAUUCUUCGCACGGUGGCAGCGGUGAUGAGUCAAGAACAUCAGCACGGCCUCGGAGCCCCAAACUGCAGACUCCAUCGAGAUUAGCGGGGGCGCUGGGUUACGUGCAGUACCUGAGGAUGCUCGAACCGGAGGCGGCGGCGGCAGCUCGCACACUGAGCUCUCUGUCGGGCAAUACCCUGGCCGCCCUGCUGUCCACACCGGCGCCGUUGCUGCAGUGGAUAUCGCGCAUGGACGACCAAACCGUAAAACAGCUCGCGGCGUGGCCGGACGACCUGUUGACGGUCCUACUCAGGAUCCACCCCGCCGAGCUGUGGAAAGCGGUGGAAGUGAUUAAAGAAGCGAUGGCAGUCUCACUUUUAAUGGAGCCCGCUGGAGGGCCUACACAACAGGAAGGCCGCAGACAGCGCGACUUCGAUUCCAGACCGGUGAACCCCGAGUUCAAGCGGCGCAACGACAUGAUGCGAGACAGGGAUCUCAAGGGCAUUCCCCCGACCCCACUCAUGGACUUCCCUGACGAGCUGCAGUACAAGUCGUACCGUGAAUCUGAUAUCAAGUUCCUCAAGCAGCGUAUUGUGCGAGUGGAGAUGCAGCGCAGCCAAAUGGGCGCCAAGCUGCUGCACUACUCGCGGAUCUACCACUCGCAGCUCAAGAACAUGAGCACGCAGCUCAUGACAGCGCAGCGCGAGGCACACGAGCUGCGUUUCGCGCUGGAGGUAUGCGCGGCUGUGUGA